AUGGAGGAUUACUACACGCCAACCAAGACCCUCAAUGGAGAAGAUAUAUUCCGUCCACGAGAUUUUGAAUCACCAGCCGUCUACAUUCCAACACCUAUCAACCCAGCUGUAUCUGAAGUCACGCCAAGCAAACCGGAAGAUAAAACUACACGACAAAAAUAUGGAGCAAAUAAUUCUUAUUCUCCAUCAAACCCUGGCAUCAGAAUUGUCAAGAGGAAGCCGAAGGCUGUAGCUGAACCAUCAACAAAGUCUAACAGUCCACCAGUUCUUAGAAGAAAACUCACCGAAGACGGAGAGGAUCCAGCGGUGGCAGCAUUGCACAAGGCCCCGACAAAAGGAAUUUUGUGUAAUCACCUUUCGAAAAAGAGAAAUCUCAAGAUUUCAUUUGCGGACACUAAAAAUCUCCCGUUGUGCCAUAUUAAAGAAAUUGAGCGGAUUGCAGCAAUUCACUCAAAUGUGACCGAUUUCCGAUGUUCGGAAAAGAACGAAGGAGCAGCAUUUGGGCAAGACAUCGAUGAAUUUGAAGACGACGUGGAAUGGAGUCUGUUGAAUGUUAAAAAUGCGCGACCUGUUCGAACCGAAUUGUCCGCGACCGGAAAAAGAGAGUCAAAGCGACUUGAAGAUGCUGGUGUGAUGAGAGCACCGCCGUUUGGGCACUACACUCUUCAUUGCAUUUCGGAGCUCAACGACUUGGCAGCCGCUGACAUGAAUAGCCUUUUACCGAUUAGAAUUCCGUUAACAAGCAGUUUGGGCGAAGCUGGCAAAGUUAACGCUAUCCGAGACCUUCCACUUCCUGGCCGCUUUCGACACAACGGCCUUCUCAAAAUCAGCCCAGAUCAGAAACUACCUCCAAACUUCACGCUCGAUGUACAUGAUCAGUACAGAGAGGAGCAGCAUAUGAGAAGCCAACAGAAUGCUGAUGAAAUCAGUUAUACGCAGCCUGAACAGAAAAACUCCCACGUCAUUCAACAGGUGUUCCAAGAGCCCGGUCCAGGUACGCAUACGAACUACUAUGCAGUGACGACCACAACUACAACAAAAUCAGCAGCAUCAGCUCCAUGCACGAGUUCAUCGUUUGAGCUUCCUGACAAACUGAAACAAAUGCUGGAAAAACUCAAGCAAAAAGGAAUAUUGUCAUCAGAAGAAUCAUCGGCACAAGCAGAACAAGCUCCGGUAGCUGUAGAUCCAUUAAUGGCAGCCUUGCAUAAAGCUCAACAAAUGAUGCAAGAACAAUCGUCUACAAGCACUUAUGCAAGUGAAGAGCCUUAUGAAGAGCAAGUGAUGGACGGGUAUAUUGCAACAUUCGCCACUCCGGAGAUGGUUGCUCAAGAGCAACGUCAGAGUUCUCAAAAUUCAGAAGGAUGGACUCAGUCAGGAUGGAAAAUCUCCGAGCCUUGUGUUUUCUUCAACAAUCGUCCAGGAGGAUGCAAUCGCGGAGACCAGUGUAGAUUCAUUCACGACGAGGAAUUGAGGCGCAAAAAUAUGGCUGAGCUUCCUGUUCGUGGUCCAUAUCAACACCGUGGUCGCGGAAACUAUAGGGGUGGAAACUAUCGCAACAACGGCCCAUAUCAAGACCACCGGGAGCCAUCAUCUUCCGGAGGACAUCGUAUGAAUCGAUUCCAUGAACAUGAUGGACCGGGACCUCGAGGCGGUCGAUAUCACAACAAUCGUGGUGGAUUCUCACAGCGAGGAGGAUCUCGAUUUGACAGAAAGCCAGAUCAAUUCAGACCAAACCUUCCACCACACCAAUAUCAACAAUAUGCUGGCUCACCUACAGAACAAGGAAACUCCGGGAACGAUAUCGAUGUUACGAAUGAUGGUUCGAGCCCACCGAAACGUCAACGCACGAGCAGAUUUGAUUUAAAAGAAGAUGAUGGAUCAGCUAGUGGGCCUGCUGACGUCGAUAACCGCCCUCCACGUAGAAGCCGUUUUGAUGACCGCCCACAUCGCUCCCGUUUUGAUCAAAAACCGGAACAGAAUGACAGAUCUGGAUUCGGGCACCAUAUUUGA